AUGCCACGUCCAACGACGCGUACAGACAGCCGCCUCGGCGGCCGUCUUGCGUUUGUCGAUCGGACCUGUGCACCGGCACGCAGGCUUCGGCCAUUAUCUGGUACGCGCAUAGUCGGCGAUGAGCCGACGCUUUCCACCCUUGCUGUUCACAAGCGCAAGGUUGGUGACGUGCGUGCAUGGCUCACUGAGGCGCUGGAGGGACCACCUUUGCUGGCUAAGCACCGCCGCAUCCUCGUGCUAACAGGUCCGGCGGGUGCUGGAAAAACCGCGACGGUGCGCGCUUUGUCGCAUCGCGAUGCCCUGCAUUUUGACGUGGUUGAGUGGCUGAAUCAAGAAGCGUAUAGCGACCGUGGCAUGACACGUUCGGUAUGCGAGCAGUUUCGCUCAUUCUUAUUAUCAACCGCUCGGUUCAGACCAUUGCCAUUGGCAUCAAGACACUGUGCCGCGCGCUCUCAGUCGCGGUGCGUGCUGCUUGUCGAAGACUGGCCCAAUAUAUCGCAUCUCGAGACACGUCAUGGCGUGCAUGCCGCCCUUGAGCAGUUUCUCGAGGCUGUGCCGCAUAUGCCAUUGAUUCUAAUCGUGUCCGAUAGCAUUCCACGAGCUGACACCGAAGCGUGGGAUGGCUCGAUGGACUGGCGAGCACGUCUUGCUGGGCAGAUGGACAUUCGGACAGCCGUGUCAGAACGGGUACGCAUGCAUCCGGCGUGUGCCGAGAUCCGCUUCAAUCCACUCACGCCGCGCAUGAUUCAAAGUGCAUUGGCACGGCAAGCACCACAUAUACCCAUAAGCGUCUUGGCUGACCUUUCCGAGGCUUCCGGCGGCGAUAUUCGUCGAGCUUGCACGGCUGCGCAGGCACCGACGCAGUUGUCCCAGUCAGAUGCAGCACUAGCGCUCUUUCAUGCGCUGGGUCGUCUCUUGUACAACAAGCGCUUGGGUGAUCCUGACGUGAUGGAUCAUCGACUGGCUGAGCCGCUGCCGCUCCAUCGACCGCGGCGCUCGAUGGUCGAUGUUGAGGCACUGUGGACGCAGCUUCCUGUGGACGCCUCGACAUUUCAAUUGUAUGUCCACCAUAAUCUGCUCCAGUUUGCGGACGACGUGGAUCAUGUCGUGACGGCACUGGACGCUAUGAGCUAUGCGGAUACGAUACGCCUCUCUUCGCACGGUUCGUAUGCUGAGCAAUACGCGUUCGAGUGCAUGGCACGCGGUGUGCUUUUGUCGCUUCCGUCACCUGUACAACGCCGUGGCCAGCAGCUGACGAAGCCAGCGCUUUGGGAAGCCAUGGAACGCAGACGUGCAUGUGAUGAGGUGUUUUGGCGCGUCGUGUCCGAUGACGUGCGCUGUGGGCGUGCGCGAUGCCGCAUAGACGAAUUGGCAUCGUACGUUCUUCCUCUAUCGGCACGCACGAGCCAUACAUGGUCAGCGAUCGCUGCGCCUCUCACCCACUUUCGCGAAACGACGAAUGUGGGGGCAGUGGUCCAAGAAGCACUAGAUGCCUUGGACGAGGCGCAUGCAUCCGAGCUCGCUAACGAUAUACCCAAUUGCACAUCUCAUGUGGAAGACGAGGUGGAUGCAACUUAUGCGGACGAAGCCUCAAUCGCUAGCUCGCUGGACGACCUUGACGAAGACGACUUGGAUACCAUAGCUGCGGAGCCCUCCACCUAA